UGCAGCGCCGCUGUAGAUGCGGCAGACUGGAGGCUCGCGCUGUGUGACAGUGAAUGCAGCAGCCGGGGAGGAUAGCAGCAGCAGCACAGCAGCAGCAGCACCCUGACAGGACAGCGACACCCAACCGGACAGCAGCCACUACAGAAACCUGGUAUGGACAAUAAGGCGUUGGAACCCGAUUCUGUGAGCAUCCCAAUGGAGGAGGCCAUUGUAUGUAAUGGAGGCAGCCAACCCCAGGCUCAGCAGCAGCAAGAAGCAUCCAUGCUGAUCCACCUGAAGAAGGUUGAGAACCAGAUCACUGAAGCACAGCGCUUCUCCCACCUCCCCAAACGCUCAGCUGUGGACCUGGAGUUCACUGAUCUUUCCUACACCAUCCAGGAGGGACCAUGCUGGAGAAGGAGAGGUUUCAAAGCCUUACUGAAGUGCCUGUCUGGGAGGUUCUGCAGUCGGGAGCUGAUAGGAAUCAUGGGGCCCUCAGGGGCUGGGAAGUCCACCUUAAUGAACAUUCUGGCUGGAUACAGGGAAACAGGGAUGAAGGGUCAGGUCCUGGUAAAUGGGAAACCCAGGGACCUGCGGACAUUCAGGAAGAUGUCCUGCUACAUCAUGCAGGAAGACAUGCUGCUGCCACACCUCACUGCACGAGAGGCCAUGAUGGUUUCAGCCAACUUAAAGCUGGAUGAAACUAUGGAUGUGAAGAAAGAACUGGUGCAUGAGAUUCUGACUGCAUUAGGGCUCCUCGAGUGUGCUCACACUCGUACCAGCUCGCUGUCAGGUGGUCAGUGUAAACGGCUGGCUAUCGCUCUGGAGCUGGUCAACAAUCCUCCAGUCAUGUUCUUUGACGAGCCCACCAGUGGCUUAGACAGUGCGUCUUGCUACCAGGUGGUCUCACUAAUGCGCUCUCUGGCGCUGGGAGGACGGACCAUCAUCUGCACCAUCCACCAACCGAGUGCCAAACUGUUUGAGAUGUUCGACAAGCUUUACAUUCUCAGUCAGGGACAGUGUAUCUACAAAGGCUCAGUCCCUUACCUCAUCCCCUAUCUGAAGACUCUGGGCCUUUAUUGUCCUACCUACCACAACCCUGCAGACUUCAUCAUUGAAGUGGCAUCAGGGGAGUAUGGAGACUUGAACCCGGUGCUGUUUGAAGCAGUCCAAGGUGGAAUGUGUGCAUUAGAGGAGAAGAAGCAGCAGUGUGAGAAUGGCCCAUCACUCUGUGCAACAAAGUGCCACAUGGACGCCGGACACAUAGAGAGCCAUACUUUUGCCACAAGCACACUAACACAGUUCUGUAUCCUCUUCAAGAGAACCCUCAUAACCAUCUGUCGAGACCAGGUUUUGACCCACCUCAGACUGAUUUCCCACGUUGCCAUCGGUCUGUUAAUAGGCUUGCUCUAUCUUAACAUCGGCAAUGAUGCCAGCAAGGUCUUCAACAACACCGGGUUCCUCUUCUUCUCUAUGCUCUUCAUCAUGUUUGGAGCACUCAUGCCAACUGUGUUAACCUUUCCUCUGGAGAUGUCUGUGUUCCUGCGGGAGCAUCUUAACUACUGGUACAGCCUGAAAGCCUACUACCUGGCCAAGACCAUGGCUGACAUCCCAUUCCAGGUGAUCUGCCCCAUCAUGUACUGCAGCAUAGUGUACUGGAUGACUGAGCAGCCUCCGGAGGCCAGCCGCUACCUACUCUUCAUAGCCCUGUCCACCUGCACUGCCCUGGUAGCCCAGUCCCUAGGCUUGCUGGUUGGGGCUGCCUCCACCUCACUACAGGUUGCCACAUUUGUUGGACCCGUCACAGCUAUUCCAGUGCUGCUUUUCUCUGGAUUUUUUGUGAACUUUGACACAAUCCCCAAGUAUCUGCAGUGGAGCUCCUAUGUGUCCUACGUCAGGUAUGGAUUUGAAGGGGUGAUCCUGUCCAUCUACGGUAUGAACCGCUCAGAGCUGGAGUGUCCGGGGAAGGUGUGUAAGUUCCAACAGCCCGAAGAGGUCCUGCAGUUAUUGGACGUGGAAGACGCAAAGCUCUACAUAGAUUUCAUUGUCCUGGGCAUUUUCUUCAUCAUCCUUCGGCUGGCCACCUACGUUGUCCUCCGCUACAAGAUCAAGUCCGAGCGAUAGGUUUUGCUCGGCUCAUCUUGCAGAUCUCGAGGUCCUCCAUAGUGUCAAUCCAGACCUGGUCUCUUUCUGUGCACAGAACACAGCCUCUGUCAUGUGGGAAUUUCAUUUGAUUUGUCGCAUUGCUGCUAAAAGGACAGAUCAUACAUUCUGAUCUGUUCUACUGCCAACAGCUGUGAGGGGCAGUGACUGACAAUGCAGAGCAGUGAACAGCCAUCUUAUAAAUCAGCAUAUACCUGUUUACCUCAGACAUCAGGACGCAACUCCUGCACACAAAGCCAGGACACAGGAGGAGGACACAGAGACUCAGCCACGUUCAGCAGCAAAUGCUCUACGUUUCAUAUUCCUGCAAGACAGAAAUGUUUUGGGAACAAAGUGGAUAUGCCUGUUUAUUCUACGCCGUGUGCUGCCAUUCUCUGUGUUGGAGGGCUUAGACUUUAGUCCACAACACCGCCCAGAAGAAAGUCGUAUCCAAACAGAGUGUUUACACUGCUCUAUUAGUGAAAAAGCUGAGGACAGUUGGUUGCACAGGAGGAGCGUGAUGUAUUGUGAGCUGGAUGAAGGCAGUUUGAGUGUGUUUUUAUUGUCCUAUAACAGAAUUAAAAACCAAACAGAACUGACAGAUUGAAAUCCCAAAACAUUUACUGUACUUCCCGUGUAUGAAAUCAAUCGUUGUUUGAGCUAGAUAGUUUUUUUUAACAUGUUGAUAGUUGUAAAUUAAGCUUUGUCAUGAUUGCCUACCGAAAUUUGGUAUUUUUGGUACUUCCACAAUAUAAUCUCAAAUCUUUAAAAUCAUAGUCAAAAUAGAAUUGUUCAGCCUUUAACCAUUUCCUAUUGUACUGUAUUAUCUUUAGUAUUAUAUAGAUAUGCAAUUAUAUAAGUGUAUUUAAGCAAAAUAGAUGAAUUACUGUACUGUUAUUCUUUUGUGUCCACACUACAGCCAGUAAUGUCACGUGGAAACAACAUGCUCAUGUAGUCAUGUUUGGUGCUAUCACUAUUAUUUGAGUGACAUAAAAUCUGCAUCUGGA